UGUUUAUCUAUUUAUCGAUUGCGUAAAAGUUGAGUUAUUGACUAUCAAACACCCAGACGUCUAUAGGAUUGACUAAAGUCCAGCGAGAUAACAGUCUUCUUUAUUUUCUUAUUUUCAUUGAUAAACGUGUGAGGAUAUUUACUGUGAAAGAUGAGGGUUAGCGGGAAAAUAAUAACUGUCUCAUCAGCAUCUCUUUUAUUUGUAAUAAUUGUAUGCAGUACCAUUGUCACAAAUGUUGAAUCACGGUCUGUUCGCCAGAAGAGAACUAUCUUCCAGCUAUGUACGCUGAUCAACUAUUAUACAAACAGGACAUGUACUGAUUAUAACGACUAUGGCUGCUAUUGUGGUUAUGGACAAGCUGUUGGCAAACCAAGGGAUUAUGCUGAUGCAUGUUGCCGAAAACAUGAUAAUUGCUACGGAAGGGCCGUGGAAAGUUGUUAUCUGUUUCCACAGAUAGUAUCAAUAGGAUAUACAUGUGAUGAUAACAGGAGACAGUGUCGCUGUACAGAUGCAGUGAAUACCUGUGAACGUACUGUGUGUGAAUGUGAAAUCAGUCUAGCUCAUUGUCUGUCAAGAGCACCGUAUCAUAAUACAUAUUACCACAUGGACCGUUCGGAGUGUAACUAAAGACAACCAUGUAUAGUGUUAUUUUAAUAUCAUCCAGUUGCAUUUCUAAGAACAAAUCUGUCUGUUUUGUUACAUUUUUUGCUUUGUUUUUAAAUUCAUAUUUCAGUCAGGUGGACACAUUUGUAUAUUUUAUUUGUUUUGGUAGGGACAAAUCAUACAUAGAUCGGAUCUAAAAUAUAUAAUUUGGAAGGAAAUUUACAAAAGGAAAAAAAUGCUUGCACAAAAAAACCCAUCUAAGACCAAAAAUGUAUCUUUGGGUUAUCAAACAAGUCUGAUGGUGAAGCUUUUUGUUGCUUUGUCUAUUUGUUUGACAAGCAUUAAAAAACAUUAAAAAUGAUGUUGGA